UGGACAAUACAGCACUGGGUUAGCUCGUGGACAAUACAGCACUGGGUUAGCUCGUGGACAAUACAGCACUGGGUUAGCUCGUGGACAAUACAGCACUGGGUUAGCUCGUGGACAAUACAGCACUGGGUUAGCUCGUGGACAAUACAGCACUGGGUUAGCUCGUGGACAGUACAGCACUGGGUUAGCUCGUGGACAAUACAGCACUGGGUUAGCUCGUGGACAGUACAGCACUGGGUUAGCUCGUGGACAGUACAGCACUGGGUUAGCUCGUGGACAGUACAGCACUGGGUUAGCUCGUGGACAAUACAGCACUGGGUUAGCUCGUGGACAAUACAGCACUGGGUUAGCUUGUGGACAAUACAGCACUGGGUUAGCUCGUGGACAAUACAGCACUGGGUUAGCUCGUGGACAACACACUACUGGGUUAGCUCGUGGACAACACACUACUGGGUUAGCUCGUGGACAACACACUACUGGGUUAGCUCGUGGACAACACACCACUGGGUUAGCUCGUGGACAACACACCACUGGGUUAGCUAUUGGACAGGUGUGUCAUAGCUAGUGGAAGAUAGUGAACCAGUGUGUUAACCAAUGAAAGACGGGGAAGCAGUGUGAUAUCCAGUGAAAGACGGGGAAGCAGUGUGAUAUCCAGUGAAAGACGGGGAAGCAGUGGGUUUGUCAGUGGAAGAACGGGAAGCAGUGGGUUUGUCAGUGGAAGAACGGGAAGCAGUGGGUUUGUCAGUGGAAGAACGGGAAGCAGUGGGUUUGUCAGUGGAAGAACGGGAAGCAGUGGGUUUGUCAGUGGAAGAACGGGAAGCAGUGGGUUUGUCAGUGGAAGAACGGUAAGCAGUGGGUUUGUCAGUGGAAGAACGGGAAGCAGUGGGUUUGUCAGUGGAAGAACGGGAAGCAGUGGGUUUGUCAGUGGAAGAACGGGAAGCAGUGGGUUUGUCAGUGGAAGAACGGGAAGCAGUGGGUUUGUCAGUGGAAGAACGGAAGCUGUGGGUUUGUCAGUGGAAGAACGGAAGCUGUGGGUUUGUCAGUGGAAGAACGGAAGCAGUGUGUUAAGACGUGGAAGACAGGGACGGUGUUUGUCAGCCAGUGGAAGACAGGACAGAAUGGCCUUGUUUAGCACCGCCAUCGGCACCCAAAAUCUGGGCUCCUACUACUGCCUCAUCCGCAGAAGGUUCAAGAGGAGGCGCAAGAAACGCAGUGAGCGCCAAGGUGGAGCCGGCGCUCGGCAGCCCCGGUCCCAACAGAAGCUCUUCACCAUGGACAUGGACGAAGAGGAGAAUAUGAGUUCGAGCAGCACCGACGUAAAGGAAAACCGUAACCUGGACAACGUCUCCUCCAAAGAGGGGGCAGCUGUGGUCGAGCAGCUCCCCAACGGCAGUGGUGGGGGGAGUAGGAAGCGUCCCCUAGAGGAGGGGAACAAUGGACACACACAAUCCAAGUUCCGGGCCAAGAAGCGUAAGAAAACGCCAGGCCCGGUUCUACCCAAGAAUGCCCUCAUGCAGCUGAAUGAGAUAAAGCCGGGGCUGCAGUACAAGCUGCUGUCUCAGACCGGUCCGGUCCAUGCUCCUGUGUUUGUCAUGACAGUUGAGGUCAACGGGCAGCAGUUUGAGGGCUCAGGCCCCACCAAGAAAAAGGCCAAGCUGAAUGCGGCUGAGAAGGCCCUGCGCUCCUUUGUCCAGUUUCCCAAUGCCUCCGAGGCACACCUCGCAAUGGGCCGUACGCUGACCGUCAACACAGACUUUACGUCCGACCAGGCCGAUUUCCCGGACAUGCUCUUCAAUGGUUUUGAAACACCUGCACCGCCUGAGGACUCUUUUUAUCUGGGCUCCAAUGGCAGCGGUUCUUUGAACUCACUGGGAGAGUACCCCAUGCCCUCAACGCCAGGUGCUAACCUUGCCCAGGCCCUGUUGCCUCCUCCCUCCUCUUUCACCUCACCCUCUAGUGGGAAGAACCCAGUCAUGAUCCUCAAUGAGCUGAGGCCAGGUCUCAAGUAUGACUUUGUGUCAGAGAGCGGCGAGAGCCACGCCAAGAACUUUGUGAUGCAGGUGUCUGUGGACUCGCAGCAGUUUGAGGGCUCCGGACGAAACAAGAAGCUGGCCAAGGCCCGGGCCGCCCAGGCAGCUCUCUCAGCUCUUUUCAACAUGCAGCUGGACCAGACACCAUCCCGACAGCCCAUCCCCAGAGAGGGACUGCAGCUCCACCUACCCCAGGUCCUUGCCGACGCUGUCUCCCGCCUGGUGGUGGACAAGUUCAGCGAGCUGACGGACAACUUCACCUCCCCCCACGCACGGCGGAAAGUCCUGGCGGGGGUCGUCAUGACAACAGGCACUGACGUGAAAGAGGCCCAGGUCAUCUGCGUCUCCACGGGCACCAAGUGCAUCAAUGGCGAGUACAUGAGUGACCGCGGACUGGCGCUCAACGAUUGCCACGCGGAGAUCAUCGCCCGCCGCUCACUGAUCCGCUACCUCUACUCACAGCUGGAACACUUCCUCAGCAACAACAAGGAAGAGCACCAGAAGUCCAUAUUCGUGCGCUGUGACAAGCGUGGCUACCGGCUAAAGGACAACGUCCAGUUCCAUCUCUACAUCAGCACCUCGCCCUGCGGAGACGCGCGCAUCUUCUCGCCACACGAGGCCGGCAUGGAAGACCAAGGGGACCGACACCCCAACCGUAAGGCACGGGGCCAGCUGAGGACCAAGAUAGAGUCUGGGGAAGGGACCAUCCCUGUGAGGUCCAGCAACACCAUCCAGACCUGGGACGGGGUGCUGCAGGGCGAGCGGCUCCUCACCAUGUCCUGCAGCGACAAGAUUGCCAGAUGGAACGUGCUGGGCAUCCAGGGCUCUCUGAUGAGCUACUUCAUGGAGCCCAUCUACUUCUCCAGCAUCAUCCUGGGCAGCCUGUACCAUGCCGACCACCUGUCCCGGGCCAUGUAUCAACGCAUCGCAGACAUCGAGGACCUACCCCAGCAGUUCAGCCUCAACAGGCCUCUACUGAGUGGAAUCAGCAACGCGGAGGCGAGGCAGCCGGGAAAGGCGCCCAACUUCAGCGUGAACUGGGCAAUUGGAGACCAGGCACUGGAGGUCAUUAACGCCACCACGGGCAAAGACGAGAUGGGGCGCGCCUCCCGUCUCUGCAAGCACGCCCUCUACAGCCGCUGGGUUCGCCUCCACUCCAAGCUGUCAUCCACACUGAGGAUCAAGGUGUCCAAGCCCAGCUCGUACCAUGACGCCAAGCAGGCGGCGCUGGAGUACCAUAACGCCAAGACGACGCUCAUCAAGGUCUUCCACAAGUCCGGCCUGGGGGCCUGGGUGAAGAAGCCCAUCGAGCAGGACCAGUUUUCCCUUAACUCCUGAUUGGAGAACCUCCUGGACCAGCCCGACCCAUCGCAGCCCAAACCCUUCUCUAGGCCUGAGAGAGGGGCUCCUCUAAGCUACCAGCCACUGAGACUUCACGCCUGUGUGUGCACGUCUGUGUGUGCACGUGUGUUUGUGCGUGUGCCUGCGUGGGUGCGUGUGACUCGUGGGUGCAUGCAUGUAUGUGUGCGUUUAUAUGUCUGUCUGAGUGUUUGUUAUAAGUAAAGUAGGUGGUUCCUGCCACUUCCCUCCGUCCCAAACACUCAUUCCUCAUGGGUGUGGCGUCCAUAAAAUUUUCUUUUUUUACAUUUUAUUCUAAUGUAACCAUGUUCAGUUUGCCCUUUAAGUCCCUCCAUUUUUUUAACUGGAAUCUAUUUUAGUAGUUGAUUAUUUCUCAAGACACAAAAUAUGACGUUGUCCAAAUAGCAUGUAGUUACUCUCAAAGUUUUUCGAUAACCAAAAUGUACAUUGAUUGGCUAGAUAAGAGGUAUCAAACUCCCUUUGCCCCGGGGGCCUUGGUUGGUUGUCAAAAUGUUUUGAUGUGUCCUUGCUUUUUGUUAUAAUCAAUGAGCUGGACACAGUCAACAAACUUUAUGAAUGUAGGUCCAACAUAAGUUCCUGUUUGGUUUAAGUAAUAUAAAAAUGUAUUUGGUUGUAUUUCCAUACGACAUUUGACAUUUCAGUCACUUAGCAGAAACUUACUUUUAUGAUAUUGUUUCCAAUCAAAAUGUAUCCCACAUCUCUGGCAUUGGAAGAGCCUAGCUCUACCAACAGAGCCUUACAGGACAGUGGUCUUGCCCCUUGUAUUAAAUACAAAAUUAAUGGUUGCUCCCUUUGAAUCUUCGCUGAUCGGAAAUAUUUAAUUGUGGGCCGUUGUUGGUCAUUAAAGCCAUUCCAUCCUGGAGCACGGAGCCCUGGUGGGGGCCACUGACGACUGCACUUGAGUCUUUGGGCCUGGAGUGUUAAGGUAGUUAAGGAGACGCUGCACGUUUUUUUCUUAUUGUCUUAAGCCAUGGCUUUGCAUGGGAACUGUCUCCGAGGUCUGCAGAGCUGAUUUGGUCGAUAAGCAGUGGGAUCUCCUUGAGGGAAUUUUUGAAUGCCUGCAUCUUUUUUCUGCACAGGCAGCUUUGGAUCACGUUUGUGUCUUGAUGCGUGUUUGUUUUGUUUGAUUUCUUUGGUGUUUGUGGAGGGGGGGCUUUGUUUUAGUAUUGCAACUUUGUACUUUUUCGUGUUUGCGAGAUGUUGGGUUAUACUGCAACUAAAUAAUGGCAGGAAUAUGAUAUGUCCUAUCAGUAACAUGACAUUGGAGUUGCUUUAUACCUUCAUAAGCCUCAGUGGCAUUUAGCAUCAAUGCUCUGUGCAUUUAUAAAUGCUUAAAGCAUGUUUCUUUAACUUUUCUGGCCUGUGACCCAAAAACAAUCCUGGACCCCACCAAAAUAGUGAUAUAUUCAAUUAUUCACUUUUUAAAUUGAAGCUAUGACGGUCUGUCAAAAAUGUUGGUCUUAGAGUUGGGAUAAUAUGUCUGAAUUAUGAAUGGUUUGAAAUGUAUCAAUCUAGAUGUAUAGGAAAUGUGUAUACCUUUCUGUGUAGAAAUGUAUAUUAUCAUUCAUGUUAUUACUCAUGACUAGUCUGUUCUACAGGAAACUGAAGACAUCUGAAGGAAACUUUUAAUUUUUAAUUAAAUUAUUAUUACUCGAUCUGACUUUGAUCCGAGGUCCACCUUAUCUGACCCAAAAUUAUCGGAAUUAAAUUAUAACAGAUCAAUCAAACAGAAAUUAAUCAAAUACAAGAAAAUAGCUGCUUUAUUGCACCGCAAACCCACCACAUUGUUUUAACUCUUCUGGUAGUGAAUUUUAACAUUUCACAUGAAUUGUCUGUUGUCGCCUGGUCUCACUCUGUUGUACCGUUACCCAGGUUUUUUUGUCCAUUUCUUAAUAUUGUCAUAAUGACAUUACAAAUUUAUAUGCUGAGUUUCUGUAUGUGGCACAAACACACUGCUCUUCUCCAUAAUGGCUUUGUCUUCACAUUUUUUAUAUAAUAUAUAUAUAUAUUACAUAACCUACUGCUUUAGUGUGCAUUUCCCGGCCUUUGCACUAAGGUCUAUUUUUUCACAGAAAAACAAAGUCAGCAGUGUUUUAUAUCUAUUUGGAAUGUGAAAAACCUUUUCAGAUAAAUCGUUCCUAUUCCUUUAGAACAAUCCAUGGUAGGCAAAAGCUUAUGAUCACAUAUCUGCAGUGGAAACGUGAUAAAAUAGGCUAUAAAACAGUUCCCCUCUGCACACGUUGUCCCAAGCUGAUUGCCAUGGAAAACAUCUAGUUGAAACAAUGUUACAUUAGGCCUAGGCAAGUUCACUGUAACUGUCCUCAAACCUGAUAAGGAGAGGCACGUUGUCAGAGGCGAUUAAUGGUGAAUGAGCCUGUCCUGAAACAGAUGCAGUGCAUAGCAAAUGUGACUUGUGUAGGAUUUUAUAUAUUUUCUUAUUGAAAUGGAAUUUUGAUUCAGUUGGCAUUUCACAUUAUCCCAAAAAUCUGUGAUCCUUAAUCCGAGGGCAACUGCAUGCUAUGUCAACCUGGGGUUAUUAUGAAGGUCUAAAGUAGACUGUCAUGUCAUUCAAUGCAUAGGUCUCCAAGAGCCGUUUAAAGAACUCUACGCCAACGCUGAUUGAUCAUGUGCGAGUGAACUUCCAGUGGAACAAAGAGAAACGCAUGGGCUUUUACCAAGUUGGGUUUGGUACUACCACCCCACUCCCCACCAAAUGACCCAUCUGUUUAUGAUCCCUCAAUAUACCUGGGUGUUCUCGAAGCCUUUUCCCCGCUGUAUUCUUCGUGGUAAUCUUUUCAAUUUAGGCUAUUUCUACCACACAACUCUGGAUGCCAGUAAUGACAACUUGCUACUGUGCUAUCUGUGUGUUCUUCCUUAAACUGUAAACCAGUCACACCUUUAAUAUCAGCAUUGUUCUUUUGUUUGUGGUUGAGCGUUGCAGUCGAUGGCCAGUGAUAAACCCCAAUGUGAACAGACAUGCUGCAGAUAAAACUGGUUAUUGAGGUAUUCUAUAACUUGGUGUAUUUUUAUAUCCAGCAGUCCCAGCAGUGUGUGUGCGCACGCGCGUGCGUGUGUGUGUAUGUCUAGAGCAAAGUGCGUGUGUGCUUGCGCAUGUGUGACACCACUCGGUCAAAGUCAUGGCAACAUGACGUUCGGUAUUGCUGUGGAAUCUGCACCAAAGAUGAUGUCCUUGUGUUUUUUCUAUUUACUUUAUUCAGCAGACAAAAGACAAAAUCGGGAUACUUUUUUUUUUGUUUAGUUUUUUUUUAGACCUGUGUUAUUCAGAUUGCUGGGUGUGAUAUGAUGUUUUUGUUUUUAUACUUUCAUUUUACCAAUGUCUUUUUUUUUUUUGUAUAGUAAGAUGGUUUUGUGUUCUGUUUUAUUCCAGCUUUGUGAUGGAAUUUUGCGUGUCAGGCUCUCAGUAAUUCUGUAGCUGUUGAUUAUCAAGGUGUAAAUAUUGUGAACCUCUGUAUUAUUGCUAUGGAAUUGAUGCGACUAGGAUUAAUACUGGUUUAAAAAUGUGAUGCCUGUGCAACUAUUCUUCCUUCACUGACUAGUUCUGGUUCUCCCUCUUUUGCCUCUCAUGAAACAGCUGGGAUGUAUUGGAUUUAGUUUUGUCUUUUAUUUUGAAGUCGUAAAAAAAGUCUUGUUCCUUUUCUGCAGUGGCCAGAGAUUUGCUAGUCGUUUGGUGAGCCGAUUUCAAAUGUCCUGUAUGUUCUUUGUGGUGCACUUUUUUUUGUGUGCCUUUUGUGUCUCUCUAAAAGGCCUCUUAACCGCAAACGGCCGCAUUGGUUGCGGUAAUUUGGAUCAAUGACUUGAAGCUCAAGGUUGAGAGGAACAGACUAUCAGUUCUGUGUUUGUGGUCCAACCCAGUUUUCCCUCCGUCCCCUCCUCACCGUCCCAUUGUGGAACAAUAUGUCCUGAGGUCGUUGACAAUGGAGGAACCGAGCCAUGAGGCGGGCCUCAGAAAGAAAACUAGAUCCAGGUCAUGAGCAAUAUACCCCCCUUUAUGCCCCUUUAAUUAGGGCCCCCCUCUGUCCCCCCCGUCCCUCCCCAUUGUUCACUCUCUUUUAAAACAGAGAAUUUUUUAAAGGCGGCUUGCUUGUCUAUAGUAUGUUCUUUAUAUUUUUUUUGAAUGCACUAAAGAUGUCAAUUGAUGAUGUCAUGACAGAAACCGUCCCCCAACAUGGAUCGGUCGGAACUGUUUGCAAGAAACAGAACUGCUUCCCUAUAAUCAAGUGAUCCCAGUGAUCUGUGGUCCCCUGUCGGUCGGUCAUCCGGUCAGCCGGCCAUCCUGACUGCGUUGUGGUUAUCUGGUGACUGUUCGGUAGUCCCAGUGUGGCACACUCGGGGUGGUCAGAGCUCCUUACUCGUCCUCUCACCCCCUCGUCCGCUGCAGUCUCCAUCUGGACCACCAUCUUGCAUGUGCUCCCACACUGAAGCUGCACCUAAAGCAUGACGACUAACUUUUAAGGACUCGUAUGUAGAAAAAAAAAAUUGAUACAUAGAUAUAUAAAGUGAACAAAAAAAGAAUAAAGGAGACCUUAGUUUACUUUU